AGGGAAAAAACUUUAGAAGGCUGCCAUAAUCUUCAGGACGGAGUCCCAGCAGUCCACCUGAAAACUGCUGCUGACAGGGCUGCCGCCUUCCACAGCUCCAGUGUUAGGAAGAAGAAAGAGGCUACAAAGCUUCCGAGUCACUUCCUCUCGGAGGGAACUAUUUGGCCAAGAAUAAUGUUGGCUGCCACACUGGACGAAGGCUCGUGCAUCAACUUCAGAGAAAUGGCAUUUAUUGACAACACACUUUACUUUAUACCUGAAGAUGAUGGAGACCUGGAAUCAGACAACUUUAGCAAGCUUCAGUCUUCAACCGCAGUAAUACGAAAUAUGAAUGACCAAGUUCUCUUUGUUGACAAAAGAAAUCCACCUGUGUUUGAGGACAUGCCUGAUGCUGACCAACAUGCUAAUGGACCCCAGACCAGACUGAUAAUAUAUAUGUAUAAAGAUUCUGAGGGAGGAGGCAUGGCUGUGACCCUCUCUGUGAAGCAUGGAGAAAUGUCUACUCUCUCCUGUAAGGACAAAGGCAUUGCCUUUAAGGAAAUGGAUCCACCUGAAUAUAUCGACGGUACUAAAAGUGAUCUCAUAUUCUUUAUGAGAAGUGUUCCAGGACACAAUAAGAUGCAGUUUGAAUCUUCACUAUACAAAAGACACUUUCUAGCUUGCGAGAAGGAAAAAGAAUUUUACAAGCUCAUACUGAAGGAAAAGAGUGAAAAUGGGGAUAAAUCUGUAAUGUUCACUGUUACUAGCUUACCUCAGAGUUAGGUAUUAAGCAUUUUUGUGUACCAGAAAGAUGACUAGAUUACAUGAGCCUUAUGAUAAUCCAUUCUGUGUUGCCAUAGCAAAAUACCUCAGGCUGCAUAAUUUAU